AAUGCUGGCCAUUAAAAUUGCGAUUCAACAAGGAUAGAAAAUAACGAAACUUGGUUUUUUGUGCUUUUACAGCAUUUUAGGAAGAAUACAUGAUAAAGCGUGUAGGUGUUUUGAGGGAGGGUUACAAGAUGCGGAAUGUGGUAUUCCAGCUACCACUUCUGACAGUAACAACAUCUCUAACGUACCUGGUCGCCAAGUUGUACUGAACUUGGAUGACUGAUAAGGUACAUCAUUCCUGUGCCAAUGGUCAUCAGUUGUGGUGGCUUAUGAGUUGUGAAAUGCCAGUCUCUCAUUAACCCAUGACCAGAUGUUUUCAGUGGUUGAGAUAUCAGGGGAAUUUUCUGACCAGGACUACAAGCAAAACUGUGUGUAUGGGGAUUGGUCAGGAAAGCAUGGGCAACAUGCGGCCUUGCAUUGUAAUGUUGAAAGAUAAUAAUAGAAUAGAGAGACCGUGAAGAUAGGCCUCAGUCACUAGCUUAAAUACAUCCGAAAUAUAAUGGCUUCUGUCUAAAUUACUAACUAUGCGGACCAGAUAUCAUAGUGUUUUGUACACUAUGGCACUCCAUGCCAUCACACCUGUAUGAUGAUAGGGAAUGCAGUCUGGCAAUGUUCAUUCUCUUUGGAGCCUCCACACAUGGAUAUAUGCAUCGUGAUGCUGUACACACAACAGGGACUCAUCUGAAAAGGUGACGUGGCAUCACUGCUGUGCGCAGUUUUGUUGUUGGGCACAUCACUGUUGUCGUGUCUCUCUCUGCUACUGUGUGAAGGAAAACCAAAACAUUGGUUGCUGUGCUGACCAUCAAUGAUCCUCGAGAUGUCAUCAUAUUGUCUGUUUGGAUAUUUGUCUUGCUGCAAACGAGUGUUCCUGGCUCAAGGAUUGAGAAGUACCGCCCAAUGAAAUUUGAAGAUAUUGUAGGAAAUGAAGAGGGUGUAGCCCGCUUAGGGCAGUUCGCAAAAACUGGGGAAUGUCCAAAUAUCAUAAUUGCUGGGCCACCAGGUGUUGGCAAAACCACCACUAUUUUGUGCCUUGCAAGAGUUUUACUGGGAGAUGCAGUCAACUCAGCUGUUCUUGAACUGAAUGCAUCAAAUGACAGAGGUCUGGAUGUUGUUAGAAAUAAGAUUAAGAUGUUUGCUCAGCAGAAGGUUACAUUACCACCAGGCAAGCACAAAAUUGUGAUACUUGAUGAAGCUGACAGUAUGACAGAAGGUGCUCAGCAGGCUCUGAGGCGUACAAUGGAGUUGUACAGUAAAACAACACGAUUUGCGUUAGCAUGUAACAACAGUGAAAAAAUCAUAGAACCAAUACAGUCUCGGUGUGCUGUGUUGCGAUUUGGCAAACUUAAUGAUGCUCAGAUUCUUGCCAAAGUUAUUGAGGUUUGCCAGAAGGAAGGGGUCUCCUACACAGAUGAUGGACUGGAGGCAAUUGUGUUCACAGCACAGGGAGACAUGCGUCAAGCAUUUAACAACUUGCAGUCAACAUUUAAUGGAUUUGGACAUGUCAGCAGUGAAAAUGUUUUCAAGGUAUGUGAUGAACCACAUCCAUUACUUAUUAAAGAAAUGCUGCAGCACUGCAUGGAUGGAAAUGUGGAGAAAGCGUACAAGAUAAUAGCGCACUUGUGGAAGCUUGGAUAUGCAGCAGAAGAUAUUGUAUCAAAUACAUUCCGUGUAUGCAAGAACAUACCAAUGCCAGAAAGCUUAAGAAUUAAAUUUAUAAAGGAAAUUGGUACUAUUCAUGUGAGGAUAGUGGAGGGGGUGGCUUCUCUGCUCCAACUUAGUGGAAUGUUAGCACGUUUGUGUCAAGUUGCAAGGGAUGAAGAGUAACUUUGAGAUGUGUGUUAUCAUUGUAACAUUGUGUAUUUCUAUGCUGUUUUGUAUUAAACAUAUUAAGAGUAUUUUGAUCUCAAA